GUUACACUCUUGCCUUCAUAUUUGCCUUCAAGUUUUAAGUUACAGCUGUUGUUUUUCUGAUGAUGGAUCCAGCUGUGAUUAUCAUCUUACUUCUCUACAAGAUAUAUUCUGCUCAAGCUGUGAGAAAUUCUGAGCAACUGGUCGUCUCAGCUGAGCCCGGUAAAACGGUCACUCUCAACUGCACACCUGUAGGUGACUCAAAUGCAGAUAGGAUGUGGUACAAACAAAGGUGGGGGCAUGCUCCAGUGGAAGUGGGAUCACAGUUUAAAGAUAAGAAAUCAAGGAUUUCAGCUUCUUUCGACCAAUCAAGAUUUAAAAUUAACAGAAUUGCUAAGGGCACUUCUCUCAGUAUUGAACGUGUCACUGAAGAAGAUGAAGGAAUGUACUUCUGUGCAGCGGUUGGAGUGACAACAAUUAACUUUUCUAAUGCUACAGUCUUAACUGUCACAGAAGCUCCUGUAGAUCCUGUACAUCCAGUAGAUCCUGUAGGUCCUGUAGGUCCUGUAGGUCCUGUAGGUCCUGUAGAUCCUGUAAUGCUGACUCUGGCAGUUUUCUCAGCAGUGUGUGUGGCUGUAAUCUGCAUUUUAAUUCACAAACUGAGGAAAUCUAAACACUGCGCUGGAGAGAAAGUUCAGGAGGGGGCUGUGAAUGAGAGGACCACCAGACAGGACUCUGACGAUGAGGAGUUUGAUUUCACUGCAUUAUGUUUCUCUGAGAAGAUGAAGAGAAGAGCGCUAAAGGAGAAAGUUUUUACCCGAGUGAGAUUCUUCCCUGUUUCUGACUACAGAGCAGUUCAGUAAAGCUGUAUUACACAACAGGAAAGACGUCUUACUGAGUUAAUAUAGUCAUGUAGACUCUCAGUGUUCUAUUGAUAUUGUUAUACUUUUUUUUUAUUUGAA